CUUUCCAAGCUUCUAAUUGCCAAUUCAUCGCCCCGGUGCUCCGAUAUGGCGGAUGUGGAACAGAAGGACAUCGAGGUUGCACGGGAUGAUCAGGAGAGGAUCAACAAAUUCAGCCGACUGACGUACGAUGAGCUAGAUGAGGAAAUCACCACCAUGAAGAGUGAGGUUCAAAACUACAAGGACGCUGUGGAGGAGAUCGAAGGCUGCAUGGAGGAGAAUGGGGUCAUGAUGAAGGUGGGUGAGGCCUAUACUCUGGUGGAGGAGGACACUGUCCUUGAGAAGCUGCAGAAGCUGGUCGAGGACUCCGAGGCCUCUCUGUCUCAGAAGUCGGACGAGAUCGAAAAAGUGAAGGGCGACCUGGAUGCCCUGAAAAAGGUUCUCUACGCCAAGUUCGGCACCAGCAUCAACUUGGAGAAGUAGCCGGAGCAACCGGCCAAAAAGCAGCGGAUGGGG